AUGUAAUAUUUAUUCAUAAUUUUUGGAUUCCACAUUCUUCAAAUAUACUCUAAAUCAAAAACCUGUGAGAUUCAGCAAAUUUAAAAUAAAAUAACAUGUCAUGAAUACAUUUUAAAUUGUUUUUUAUUGGAAGGAAAUGAAGAGGAUUACUACCAACUCAAAAGUAUUGAUAAGCAAAUUAUUUAAAAAUCUUUUACAAUUCCUUACAAAAAUAUACCAAUCUCAUAUAACAUAUUCAACACAUUAGAUUAUGGUAAGUUAUAAGAGAAAAUGAUGUGUUCAUUAUUUCUGAAUUCCAACUAUUAUAUAACAUGUAUGAACUUCGAUACAUUAAAUUAUGAAAAACUUAAUAGUAAUUUAUAAGAGAGAAUUAAAAUAGAGACAACUAUUUCAUCACAAGAGAUCUGUGAAGAAAUUUAUUAAUUAGAUGAAAAUUUUAUAUUAUUAUGCUUUAGCUAAUUUAAUUUAAAAUAAUAUUCAGUAAGUUUAUUAGGAGAAACUAUUCUUCUACUUGAAUAUGAUGUUUAUUUUUAAGUUAAAGAUUAGUGCAAGAAGAAAAUAUAAAAGGUGGUUGGAAAAAAUUAAUUUAGAAUAGCAUUUUUCUAAUGUUCUCUAUGGAAAAUUAUUUUAAUUAAUCAUCAAGAAAUAGUAAUAAUUUUGGAAUCUAAGAUGAAUGAAGGUAAUCCCUAACUAAAAGAAUUUUUCAAGAUAGACGAUGUACAAUAUUGUGAAGGAGGAAAAUCAUCUAAAUCCUUAGGAAUACAAUCUUUAUAUAUUAUAGAAGGAAAUAAUUAUCUUCAGCUUAGAUGGGAAUCAAAUUAGAAGAUAACUUAAGAAUUAUUCAAAAGUGAAAAUUAAAUCUUAAAACUAAUACUGUUGUAAACAUGCCAAAAUGUUAUGCUAAUCACUUUUUAAGAAGAGAAUAACUAAUAACCCUUUUAAAAGUUAGACAAUGAGAUUGUCUUAAAUUAAGCUUUUGAAGUUGAAUAGAUACAUUUUUUUUAUAAUUUCCUCUUUCUUUAAAAUUCAACAGAAUUAAUUAUUAGAAUAGAUAAACAUUUAAUUUAAAAAUAUGAAAUUCUGAAUACUAAAUUAAUAUAUAUGGAAUCAUAUAAUUUAUUUUAUUAAAUAGACAAAACUAAAGAAUUGGUAAUAUUUUAUAGAUAUUUUCCAAUUAGUGCUUUUUUAUAACCAACUUAAAAAUUUGUAUAUUUCAUUUAGUUAUUCGAUGGAUUCGAAAAAUAAUAUAUGAUGUGUAUCAAAAUUUAAUAUGAAAAAACAUUGGAUAAGAAAACUCCUGAAUUAAUAAAUUUAUAAAUAGAAAAGGAUUGUUCAUAAAAUUAGAAAACAAUUUUGUCAAUUAUAGAUUUUCAGUCAUUCUAAUAAAUGCCAUUUUCUCUUUAUAACAAUUACACUAAUGGUGUAAUAAAUCUAAGUAUCUGGAAUGAGGGGGAACAAGAAAACCUAUGCUACUAUCAAUUAAGAAUGUAUAAUUUUAAAGGCAAGAUUUAAUUAAAAUCAAUGUAUACUUUUACUCAUGUAGUUUUUCAAGUUGAAGAUUCUAUAUAUUUCCAUGACUGUUAAUUAAAAAAAAUAUAAUUAAUAUUAAAUACCCAUUAAUAUGAAGUAUUUCAAAAUUAAGAAUAUUAUUUUUUGAUUGAUAAAAAUAAAAAAUAGAUUAGAAUGAUUUAUAUUUUCUCAGGGAUUACAUAACAGAUUGUUACACACUCAAAUAUUGAAAUAAUAAGUGCGUAACAAAUAGGGGAAUAAAUAAUUAUUUAUAUUAAAAAUUAACAAUCCCCAAUUCUAAUCUCCAAAAAAAUUUUAGAAAAAAUUUAGAAUAAUUACCUUUCAUAAAAAUUAAAAUAACCAGGAGAAAUUCUUUAUUAUCAAGAAAUAAAAAGUUAUAAAUUUAUUCAAUAUUAAAAUAUUUUCGCCUUUGAAUAAAAUGAAGAGGUAAGAUGUUUUCAAUUUUCAGAUGUCUAAAUCGUUUAAAUUAAAAUAUAUGUAAAAGCUCAUUUUAUGAUUUUUGCAGUACAAAUUUAAACUAACUCAAUACUUCUUUAUCAUUUUGAUCAAUUUGAAAUACAUUAAUUUCAUAAUUAUACUUUAGAAGAUUAUUCAUUCUCAAGUCCUUUACGGUACUCUAAUAACAAUUUUAAUUUAGCUAUUUUAACUGUGAAAAAUUAAUUUUCCUUCAUAACUUUAUUGAGUUUUACUCCUUUCAAAAUCAGCUUGAUGGAUAUUAAAGGAACUGA